AUGGCUGCACCGAUGAAGACGAUGGUGCUGCGCGGCGCUCGCCAAGCCUCGUCGUCGAUCGUGCGGUCGUGCCCACGAGCUGCCUUUUCGACGCUGCCCGUCCGCUCUGUCGGCGCCCAGUCUGUGGCCAUUCCCCGGCCGAUGCUCAAGACGAUGAUACCCAAGACCCUUACCAUCAGCGCCCGCGCGGGUCGGCAGGCGACUACCAUUGCCUCGGCGGCUCGAUUCUUCUCCAGCACACCCCUCCAGCAAAACGCCGCCGCCGCCGCCGCCGCCGCCCCCAACACCGGCCGCGGCGCUGCCUCCACCGCGGCUCUUGACUGGAACUCGUUCUUCCAGCUGCGUGUCAAGCGCCGCCGCAUCCAGAUGGUCUUUUCUCUCGUAUCUGGCAUCUUGGGCGGUGCUGCUGGCGCCGUGGCUCUGUCGAGCGGCGCUGGUGACAGCCUCAUUGGCAUGGUGCCACUAGAUCCCUUUGUCACGCUGGGCAUUGCCACCAUGUGCGCCGGUGGCCUGGGCUGGCUGAUUGGCCCCAGCCUGGGCAGCCAGGUCUUUUACCUGCUCAACCGGCGGUACAAGACGCAGAUGCUGCAAAAGGAGAGCGAGUUUCUGACCCGCGUCAAGAAGCACCGCAGCGAUCCCACACAGUCGAGCACCAGCAACCCAGUCCCCGACUACUAUGGUGAAAAGAUUUCGAGCGUCGCCGGCUACCGCCGCUGGCUCAAGGACCAGCGCGCGUUCAAUCGCAAGAAGAAUGCCAACUUUGUAUAA